UGUCCUGGAGGCAGAACUGAGCGCUAUCCACUUUUGAUUGGCCAGCUACAAGGUCAAAGUUGGCUAUAUUGUUCAUGAAAACAAAAUGUAAUUUAAUUACAUAUUAGGGUUAGCAUUGUGGUUAAGUUUAAAAUGUGAUUUUAUGACUUUGUGGCUGUGUCGGAUAGUGACCACUCUGCAGAGCUGCCCACAGAACAAGAUUAAUGACGAAAAACGCUAACAGGAAACUACUUCUGUUGAGAUUAAGUGUUUUAUAGACGCGUCAACCAGCUAGGUGUUCUAACAAGCAAAGCAGCAUAUUCGUUUCACCAUUUGAAACAGACUUUGGAAAAAAAGUGCGUGCCUGGAAAUGAGAGUAUUGUACAAGGCAAAGCGUGUAUUAACAUGUGCAGGAUGUGCCUCUGUGCUGCUCUUCAUAGUCUACUUCAUACCUACAUCAAUAAGGUACUUUGAGGGCUUAAUCCCCAUGAACCGAUGUCAUCUAGCCCCUGGAGAGAAGCUGAAGCUGGGGAAUAGUAUAGAUGCUUCCCUAGACCUUUGGUCCAGAGGUGAUGUUCAGACCUGCACUGACUGGGGAGCCCCUGUGAUCUGGGAUGGGAUGUUUGACCCAGAUCAUUACGACCAGGAGCACAGGAGGAACCAUUCCUCUGUCUCUCUCACUGUAUUCGCUGUGGGCAGGUAUCUAGAUGCCUACCUGGAGGCAUUCCUUUUGUCCGCUGAGCGUCACUUUAUGGUGGCUUUACCUGUGACAUACUAUGUGUUUACGGAUGUUCCCGAGAGGGUACCAAACAUCCAGCUCGGUCCUGGGCGGAGCCUGAAAGUUGUGAGGGUGCAGAGACACUCUCGCUGGCAGGACAUCUCCAUGAUGCGUAUGAAGGCCAUUGCAGACGCCAUUGAGUCACAGAUUCGCCGAUACAGCCGCUACGUCUUCUGCUUUGACGUGGACCAGGUGUUUGUGGGUCGGUUCGGCUCAGAGGCUCUGGGAGACUCUGUGGCUCUGCUCCACGCCUACUACUACCACCGACCACAGAGCCUGUACACCUACGACCGCAACCCCAGGUCCAGGGCCUACAUGGAGACUGGGGACUUCUACUAUCAUGCUGCUGUGUUUGGAGGCUCGUGGCAGACAGUGAAAAAUAUGACGGAGACCUGUUACCAGACCAUCAUGGAGGACAAGGAGAACCAGGUGGAGGCUCUGUGGCAUGAUGAGAGUCACCUCAACAAGUACUUGUGGCUCCAUAAGCCCAGUAGAGUGCUGUCUCCUGAGUACUGCUGGAGCAGUGACAUUGGUUACCGUGGUGACAUACAUGUGACCCGCAUGCUCUGGGCAAAGAAGAAAUAUGACACACUCCGGAUUACAGAGUGAGCAAUCAAAACCUGUAUGCAAUAAUCUAAUGAGCAAAAGCCCCUGAAGCGUCAAACAGUUCAAAGUGCAGCGCUGCGAUGGUCUACAGCCCAGUAUGACUCCCCUUGUGCAAGUCAAGAAUGUUUGUAAAUAUAACAAUGGGCCAUCAGCCUAUUGCACUGUGGAGUCUUUGGCUUGCGUGUUGAACCCGGAAUGACCAAGUAGUUAAUUUCCUGGGUCUCAUGUGUCACUGGCCGGAAUUUCCCUUGAAACCUUGUGUUUACUUAUUCCCUUGAAAACUUGUGGUUACUACUACCCUGGCGUUGCAGGCGCAAUGCUCAACUAACUGAGCCACACCAGAGAAGUGCAGUGACGUGUAGUCAGGAACUAAUGUGAUUAUCUUUAGAAAUUAUUCAAUUUUUUGUUGUUGUAUGAUUUGUAUUUUUGGAUUAUGAAGUAAAAUGUGUUUUAUAAAGUUGUAUUGGGAAUUGGUUUCAUAUAUAAAUAAAAACUCCUGAAUAAAGAACUUGAUCCACCCAUAGCAACCACACUCUAAGGACUAGAACCGAGCCGUACCGUGGAAGAUCCACCUUACAGCGUUAUUUUCAUUAUUUAAAGGUCAUUUUAGAUUUAGCCAACAUAUGCAGCAUUUACUGUGAAUACAUUCUCCGCUAACGUGGGAACAUUGCAUUUAAAUUACGCUAGAGUCUGGAUCUUUGGUGCUACGGAUUGAAUCUAGGCCAAACUGUUUAAAAAUGUUAACAUGUCAGUUUGGGGAUAUUGCAUGUCUCCAAUGCCACCAUACUACCAUACUAUUCUGCUCUCUUUUAACAGUCAUUGCUGGUUUGGUAAGAUAGUUUCACAAAGGAAACAAAGCCCGUGCCAGUUUUUGGAAUUACCAGAUAACAUCUACCGCCGCAAAUCCACAUAAACCUCCAGGGUGAUCCCAUACCAUAGUUUAGAGCAAGAUGGGUCACUCUAGUAAUUAAAUAUGAGACAUCCACUAAAUGCCCACACAUAGGGUGUACAAAAAUUUUGCCUGCACUCUUCUUCUUCAGCCUGCAUAAAAUCUACAAUGCACUGUUACACCCACAGCAAAAGAGCCAUUGUUACAGAUACAUAAUGGCGGAACACGUUCUUCCUUCAGAUUCUCUAAAAUUGGUUCAGCCACAGUGGUCCCCAGGUUUUCACUCCAACCAUACAUCGUUGGGUGAGUACACAUAAGCCUUUCCUAACUAUCUUCUGAUUAUCGUCAUCGCGGGGAUUAUGCUCUGGCCAAAACCCACAGGUUACAGUCCCUAUUUCAUCCACAGCUUCUGGAUUCCCAUUUGUCAAACACCCUCCCCAGAUCUUGUAUCCCCCAGUCCCUUUCAAUACGUUCUUAUUACCCUGAUCAAUUAUCUCAUGUCCAUAAAAGAGUCCUAGGGUACAAUUUCGCUGGCUCUGCUUGUCUUUUGCCCUCCUCAUAAAAUACAACAUUCCACAGGCUUGAUCUGUCUCUGCCAUUGGUCUACUCAUUGAACCAAACAACUCUCAUGGAUUUAGGUUUAGAUAAAAUUAACACCGCAGUCCCGUUUGGGGACACUUUUCUACCUAAGUCUUGAAUAAACUUUACCCAUUUGUUCACCCACACAAACAAGUAUUGUGGCUAGAGCCAACACAGUCAACCACCAACGGCCUCAUGCUGUCGUCUUCCCCCACUUAUACCCCCUAAGGGUUUAUUUAUUUACAACAUAACCUUGCUGAUCAUGUAAAACAGUUGGUUCUUCAGGGCUUUGUGGCCUUUCAUAUUUUUCAAGUCUUUGGUCUCGACUCACAUCUGCUUCUACCUCUUGUUUCAGGCUGUGUCUGGCUCCAUCAUCUCCUGUUAGCUGAACACCUUCUGGCAGUGGGACAGGUGGUGCCAGCCGGACCGUUCCUGAACUCUGACCGCCGUUGGUGUUGCCAUGGUUACCUUGAAUGUCACCAUCCAUCUUGCCUGGUUCCAUUUUCUCUUGUGGACCUGGAUUUUGACCCAGUCUCCACAGGCCGGUAGUCAGGGUCCUCACCUGGUACCUCCUCAUGAGCUUUCCUAGUAUGAGAGUGGAGAGAUCUGACAAUAGUAGGUAGCUCUUUCAUGUACUCCAAGUGUUCUACUUCAGCUAGAGUGAGGUCUAUUUGUCUGUCAGUCAUGGGUCUGUGUGUGGGAACAUUCAUGGGUCUUCCUGUCAACAUUUCAUGUGGUGUACACCCCAGGCCUUUAACACUACUGCACAUUUUCAUUAACACCAGUGGUAAACAAUCCACCCAAGGUUUCUUGGUGGAGUGGCAUGCCUUAGCGAACCCUUGGUUAAUGGAUUGGUUAGCUCUCUCUGUAACCCCAUUACUCUGGGGGUGGUAGAUGGACACAAACUUCUGGUCCACUCCCAUCAUUAUGGCUACCUGCUUCAUUACAUCACCAGUUAAGUGUGUACCAUUGUCUGCAGAUAAAACCUCAGGAACACCAAAUCUAGGAAUUAUCUCCCUUACUAGUAGCUUUGCUACUGUCUUAGCAUCACAGUGUGUGGUGGGAAAUGCCUCCACCCACCUGGUGAACCUGUCAAUAAGGACUAAACAGUACCUUUUCCUUUCUUUUCUUUCUGCAAGAUCUAUCAAAUCCAUGGCAAGAUGGACAAAUGGUCCUCUUGAUGUAGGGAAAUGACCUGGUUUCAGAGGUGUUUCUUUGGCAAUGUUAAAUUGCAUGCAUGUAGCACAUAGAAACAGGAACUGUUUCACAUGCUCAAAUCUGGACAAAACCAGUCCAAAGAAAUUUCCUCUAUCAUAUCCCCUCUUGACAAAUGGGCCAUACCAUGGGCCACUUGGCAAACAGAGGCGAUAAGAUAAGCUGGCAGACACGGUCUGUCUCCAAAUUUUAGAAACUGGGUCAAGUUAACAACCCUGCUGUUGCCAUACCAAAUGAGAACCAAAACCAACAUCCAAAGUCUGUUUAGAUGCCGAAUCAUCAGUGUCUUUCCCAACAGUAGCAGAGAAGAACAUGGAGUGGCUAUGACACUUGGAGGCAGCCAAUUUAGCAGCCUCAUCUGCCAUGGCAUUACCCAUAUUCACAAAAUCUUUCCCCCCCCGUGUGAGCAGCAACCUUCACAACAGCCAAAGCAGAGGCCAGCAUCAUAGCCUCCAAGAGAUCUAAAACCACAGUUCUAUUACGAAUAGACUUCCACAAGCAUUGUGAAAACCCCUACUCCUCCAGACACCACACCAGGAGAGACAAGCCCAUAUUGCAGAAUCAGAGAAAAUUGUAACCCUUUUCCCUUCUCCCAUUUUACAGGCAGUGGUUAGUGCCAAAAGUUCAGGCUGUUGAGCUGAGAAAGUCUCUGGGAAGGGUUGUUGUAUGUGAGUGGCUCUAUCAAUUGUUACAAUACCAAACCCUGCAUGUUUCUUUCCUGUAGUUUGAUCGAUAUAUGAAAAACCGUCAAUGAAAACCUCCAAGUCAGCAUCAGUCAGGGCAGUGUCAGACGUCAGGCCUAGCCUUCAUUGGUGUGGGACCCACUGUCUCUGCACUGCCUUUGGUUGAAUCUGUCAUGGUGCCCCGUGAUUUUGUUUUAAUCAGGUUCUAUGUAAUGUGGAUUGAGUGACUUAUCUGUAUGGUACUGUAGAAAACCCCAGUUCUAUCCCCGUAUACAGGUAGUAGAACCUAACAUAGGAGGAUAUACCUAACUGAGUAAUUUUUUUCUCUAACCCUUCUUUACUAUCACUAUAUUUAUUCACUAACCACACUACUGUAAAUGGUUCCACAUAUGUGUGGUAAAUAACCUCAAUUGUAUUUUAACUUCAGUACGGGGGUCUCCCUGUCUCCUCUCUUGUGGAUGUAAUGGAAGAGUAAACUCACAACAUGUUUUUCCCAAUACGCAAAUGUAUCCCUUGUACUAGUCUUAAAGACUUGUUGUCUAUACCUUCUUGUACUAGUCUUAAAGACUUGUUGUCUAUACCUUCUUGUACUAGUCUUAAAGACUUGUUGUCUAUACCUUCUUGUACUAGUCUUAAAGACUUGUUGUCUAUACCUUCUUGUACUAGUCUUAAAGACUUGUUGUCUAUACCUUCUUGUACUAGUCUUAAAGACUUGUUGUCUAUACCUUCUUGUACUAGUCUUAAAGACUUGUUGUCUAUACCUUCUUGUACUAGUCUUAAAGACUUGUUGUCUAUACCUUCUUGUACUAGUCUUAAAGACUUGUUGUCUAUACCUUCUUGUACUAGUCUUAAAGACUUGUUGUCUAUACCUUCUUGUACUAGUCUUAAAGACUUGUUGUCUAUACCUUCUUGUACUAGUCUUAAAGACUUGUUGUCUAUACCUUCUUGUACUAGUCUUAAAGACUUGUUGUCUAUACCUUCUUGUACUAGUCUUAAAGACUUGUUGUCUAUACCUUCUUGUACUAGUCUUAAAGACUUGUUGUCUAUACCUUCUUGUACUAGUCUUAAAGACUUGUUGUCUAUACCUUCUUGUACUAGUCUUAAAGACUUGUUGUCUAUACCUUCUUGUACUAGUCUUAAAGACUUGUUGUCUAUACCUUCUUGUACUAGUCUUAAAGACUUGUUGUCUAUACCUUCUUGUACUAGCCUUAAAGACUUGUUGUCUAUACCAGUCUAGAUUUAUUUCAGUACAUAGAAAUUCUUGAUAUUGACUAGAAUAUAUUCAUUCACUGUCAUGAAAUACACUCAACUCAUACAACAAUUGUCCAACACCAAAUCUAUAAUCCCACCAAUUACACAUAUAUCAAAACAAAACCAGUGUCUUCCCUCAGGUAAGAACACCAUACAUAAAUCCAGUGUCUUCCCUCAGGUAAGAACACCAUACAUAAAUCCAGUGUCUUCCCUCAGGAAAGAACACCAUACAUAAAUCCAGUGUCUUCCCUCAGGUAAGAACACCAUACAUAAAUCCAGUGUCUUCCCUCAGGAAAGAACACCAUACAUAAAUCCAGUGUCUUCCCUCA